AUGAAGGAUGAGCAGGGACGUCCCUUCAUUGUCGUCAGAGAUCAGGGGAAGAAGAAGCGCCAGUUCGGAAACGAGGCCGUCAAGUCACACAUUCUAUCUGCACGCACAGUAGCAAACAUUGUGAAGACUUCCCUCGGACCCCGCGGUCUCGACAAGAUCCUCAUCUCCCCCGACGGGGAUAUCACGAUCACGAACGAUGGUGCCACAAUCUUGCAGCAAAUGGAAAUCAGCAACCACGUAGCCAAGCUGCUGGUCGAGCUCUCCAAGUCCCAGGAUGACGAGAUCGGUGAUGGCACAACAGGCGUAGUAGUCCUCGCCGGCGCUAUGCUCGAACAGGCUGCCGACUUGAUCGACAAAGGCAUCCACCCCAUCCGCAUUGCCGACGGCUACGAUCAGGCCUGCGACAUCGCAUGCGAAGAGCUCGACAAGAUCUCGGACGUAAUCGAUUUCACCAAGGAGGACACGGCCAACCUCGUCAAGGUUGCCCGCACAAGUUUGGGAAGCAAGAUUGUGUCAAAAGCCCACGAUCAAUUCGCCAACAUUGCCGUCGAUGCUGUGUUGAGUGUAGCUGAUCUUGAGCGCAAAGACGUUGACUUUGAGCUGAUCAAGGUUGACGGCAAGGUCGGCGGUGCGCUGGAGGACACUCUCCUGGUCAAGGGUGUGAUUGUCGACAAGGACUUUUCGCAUCCCCAGAUGCCCAACGAGGUCAAGGACGCCAAGAUUGCCAUCUUGACCUGCGCAUUUGAGCCGCCCAAGCCCAAGACCAAGCACCACCUUGAUAUUACCAGCGUCGAGGAGUUCAAGAAGCUCCAGAACUACGAGCGGGAGAAGUUCAUUGAGAUGAUCGACCAGAUCAAGGCAACCGGCGCCAACUUGGCCAUCUGCCAGUGGGGAUUCGAUGACGAGGCCAACCACUUGCUUCUACAGAACAAGCUCCCCGCCGUGCGGUGGGUUGGCGGCCCCGAAAUCGAGCUUAUUGCGAUUGCGACCAACGGCAGGAUCGUGCCCCGUUUCGAGGACCUCUCCGCCGAAAAGCUUGGCCGCGCCGGUACCGUCAGGGAGAUGACCUUUGGUACCACGCGAGAGAAGAUGCUGGUCAUCGAGGAGUGCGCCAACACACGAGCCGUCACCGUGUUCGUGCGUGGCAGCAACAAGAUGAUCAUCGACGAGGCCAAGCGCUCUCUCCACGACGCCCUUUGCGUGGUACGCAACCUUGUACGCGACAACCGUGUGGUGUACGGCGGUGGUGCUGCCGAGAUUGCUUGCUCGUUGGCGGUAGAGGACGCAGCGACCAAGACUCCUGGCCUGGAGCAAUACGCGAUGCGCGCCUUCUCCGAAGCGCUCGACCAGGUCCCCAUGGCUUUGGCGGAGAACAGCGGCCUGAACCCCAUCUCCACACUGGCGGAGGUCAAGAGUCAGCAGGUGAAGGCUGGACCUGAUGGCCGUGGAAAGCUGGGCGUGGACUGCAUGGGCCGCGGAAACAACGACAUGAAGGAUGCUUUCGUGAUCGACCCGCUGAUUGGCAAGAAGCAGCAGUUGCAGUUGGCGACGCAGUUGUGUCGCAUGGUGCUGAAGGUGAAUAAUGUCAUUGUGUCGGGGGCGGACGAAAACGACUUCUAG